AUGCCCAAUGUGGUCCGCGCGCUGCAGCGGCGAGAACGAUGCGCCGACCCAACGCGCAUAGCGCUCUCUACGCGAACAUGCUGGAGAGUACACGACGUCCUGUCCGAGGAUGACGAUGCUGUGCUUCUCGGCUUCAGCAACAACGGUCGAUACCUCCUCUACUACAAGCCGUGCGAGCAAGGGUUACUCAAGAUAUAUUGGCGCAUGUUCAGCCCUACCUCGACGCCGCUGGUGUCCCGCCACGUGGCCGUGACCGUCACUGCAGGGCCUUGUGCCGAGGCAUCGCUAGGGAUGCACGCCAUUGACGAUGACGACAUGGAGCUUCGCGUUUGGGAAAGCAUCGAUGAAUCGCUUGUGGUGGCGAUUGCAAGCGUCGGUCGACCUGGGACCCCAUGUCAUGUCGCGGUCGCGUCUGGUCCGUCAUGCAGGCACCGAUCCCUUGGCGCACUUCGCUUGACCCUCGCGACGUCCGUGCCCGUCUCGCAGUGCUGGUUCUUCAUUGCAUCAACGACUCAACUCGUGCUUCACGGCGGCAGUUCGUUGCUCCUGUUCUCGCUGUAUUCCGCAACCCAAUCCGUUCCGUUCCAGCCACUCUCGACCCAGCCAUGGUACCACGCGUCCGAGUUUCCAGUCGUGGUGCAUGUCGAGCCGAACGCGGCUGGUGCCGUCGUCCCCGGGCAGCUGCAGUGCGGGCUUCAACUCACAUUCGACAUUGAAUCGUUCCUGCGCCAUCUCCUCGACUCUGUCCGCGCUCUUCGCCCGUUCCGUCUGCAAGACUACGACCUCCGCUUCCUUUGCAUGGCCGACCGGACGUGGAUGCAUGUGUGUGUCGUCGUCGUGCUUGAACCGUCCAACCCAGCGAUGCCGCGGCACCGGCAGCGCGUCGGCAUCUUUGCUGCGUGGAAUGUCGUCGAUGGCGCGUUUCACACCCUCCGCGUCCUGUCCAUGCCGCCCAUGGCGCCGCUGGCUACCGCCGCGACCGCCCUCGCUGCCAAGUGCCGUCGCGACAUUCACCUGUUUCAACCGCCGACGUCCACAAAGCAUGCCACGCAGUCAACGGCGACGUCCCCCAGCGACGUGGCGGGCUUCACGCUGUGGACCAACCUGGGCGUCGUGCGCGGCACGUCGCUGCACCGCGUCGACAAUCCCGUGUUUCCAAUCACGAUCGCGAGGGCGUAGCGCCUCCUGCCGCCGCCGCCGCGACCAAAGUCGGUUUGAUUUUCAUUAUCGUUUGCUACACCCCGUGCCCGACAUGCGUGACGAACAACGGCCCCAGCACGAGUACCGUUGUCGACAGCAGCUUGAUCACGACGUGCAGCGCCGGGCCCGCCGUGUCCUUGAACGGGUCGCCGACCGUGUCCCCGGUGACGGCCGCCUUGUGGGCUUCGCUGCCCUUGCCGCCAAAGUUGCCGAGUUCGACGUACUUUUUUGCAUUGUCCCAUGCACCCCCGACGUUGUCGAGGAAAAGCGCCAUCAUGAUCCCUGUGACCGUGCCAAACAUGAGGUACCCGGCGAGAACUUCGGCGCCAAGCAGCGGCUUGCUUUGGUACUCGCCAACCUACGUCAUGGCAUCGUCCAUCACGUGUCAUGAUUCCGUCACCGAUCGAGUCUGCCGUACCACGCGGAAGAUGAGGCCGACCGCGACCGGCAUGAGCACUGCCAAGAGCCCCGGGAGCCGCAUCUGCUUCAGCGCAGCCUUUGUGACAAGUGCGACACACGUGCGGUAGUCUGGCUUUUGCGUGCCUUGCAUGAUGCCCGGAUACAUCUCAAACUGACGGCGGACUUCCAGGACCACGUCGCCCGC